AAUUAGCCCUUGUGGAAUUGGAAGACAUAAUCACAUCAGGUUUCAGUUCAGGUGAUCGAAAUGGAGAGCGAUGUCGAAGAAUCUCUGAGAAAGAGGCCCAGAAAAUACCCGUUUUCCGGCGAUUCCUCUUCUCGCAAGCAAUAUGAACCAUAUGCUGGACGGCCUUAUGCAGUUACGGGGGAAGUGAAUUUUAUGCAAGAUGAUGAUAAUCGUUUGGAGAUCACACGGGCUAGAUUUGGAAGUUUGCUUAAAAGACAUGGAGAUUUGACAGAGCGUCUUUCUAGGGAUUCCGACAAGAUAAUAUUUGAGCGUCUACAGAAAGAGUUUGAAGCUGCACGAGCUUCUCAAACAGAAGAGAUAUGUCUAGAUGGGGAAGAGUGGAAUGAUGGUCUACUUGCUACAAUAAGAGAGCGGGUGCAUAUGGAGGCAGACAGAAAAGCAAUGCCUGGGGAUGCUGACAUAUUAGCAUGUCCUCAGGAAAAAAUUACUUAUAAAAUUGGAAACAAGGUAAUUUGCUGUUUGGAAGGGGCAAGAAUUGGCAUACAAUAUGAGACAUCUUUUGCUGGUGAACCUUGUGAGUAUUACCAUUGUGUGCUGGAGAGUAAGUCAUUUCUUGAAAAGAUGACUGUCCUGGAACACACAGUUCCAUUUUUCCUGCCAAUUCGUGAAACAGAAAAUGAUCUCCUUUCAUCCAAUGCAAUGAAAUUCAUAGAUCAUGUUGGAGAUCUAUUACAGGCAUAUGUGGAUAGACGGGAACAGGUCAGACUUAUAAAGGAACUUUAUGGAAACCAAAUUGGAGAGCUGUAUCAUAGCCUUCCUUACCACAUGGUCGAAUUUGUAUUGGAUGAUUUUGAUUGCAAGGUGACAGUCAGCCUUCGAUAUGCUGAUCUCAUUUCAGUGCUUCCAUCUCGAAUCACAGUGCUAGCCUGGCCAAUGUUAAAGAAAAAUACUACAGCAACUUUUAACAGGAAGGAAGAUGGAAUCUCAGGAAGUCAUCCCGCUCCAGUUCGCCUAACCUAUGCAGAAGAUGCCUUACGAACUAUGAGUCUACCAGAAGCAUACGCAGAGAUUGUAUUAAAUCUACCACAAGCGCUUCAGCAGAUGCAUCAUCAAAGAGCCCCCAUCUAGAGCAGCUUCGUCUUUCCAGCAGUCUAGAUUCAUCUGUAAAAAUUAUUGGUAGAGAUGUUAAAUAUUAGAAAAAAUAACUGCAGAAGUUAGUACCUAGCGAAAUUGGUCAUAGGUUGAGUCCAUUUUUCUGUACUAUUGUCAUAAACUAUUUGUGUUUUGCCCCCUCGUUACUCCUUCAAUAGUACCUACUCUGGUGUCUUGUAUCAAUAGUACCACAGGUCUUUAUUGACGUCUAUUCAAACAAUUAUCAUUCAUCUUUCUUUCGUAGUUCAAUAUA